UCUUUCUCAAUCCCUCUCCAUAUCUCUUCUUCAUUACCUCUCUAAACCAAAUCAAGAAAUUAAAGAAAAACACAAAUAUGCAACUCCUCCUUUCGCUUCUGAUUAUGUUCGUCCUCCAUGUCCAUCCAACCCUCUCCGGCAGAUAUCUCCUCCCGGAAUACAGAGCCCUCCUCUCCAUCAAGUCCUCCAUCACUCACGACCCACAAUCAGCUCUUUCUACGUGGAACGCCUCCACUAGCCACUGCACCUGGUCGGGUAUUACAUGCCACCCUUCCCGUCGUCGCGUGACAAUCCUCGACCUCUCAGACCUUCGUCUCUCUGGUACUCUCUCCCCAGACCUGGCUCAUCUCCGUUUCCUCUCCAACCUCUCCGUCGCCUCCAAUCAACUCUCCGGGGCCAUCCCCGUCGAGCUCUCUUCCCUCUUCGCCCUCCGUGUCCUCAAUCUCUCCGACAAUCGCUUCAACGGCAUCUUCCCCUCCCAGCUCUCCCUCCUCAAGAACCUUCAGGUUUUGGAUCUCUACGACAACGACAUGACCGGUGACUUGCCCUUGGCCGUCACUCAAAUGCCCAACUUACGCCAUUUGCAUCUCGGCCGUAACUUCUUCUCGGGUGGGAUCCCGUCCCAGUACGGGCAAUGGGAGUUCCUGGAAUACUUGGCGGUAUCCGGUAACAUGCUCCAAGGUCCUAUACCGCAGGAGAUAGGAAACUUGACCAACCUCAGGGAGCUCUACAUUGGACAGUACACCAAUAUGUACGAAGGUGGCAUACCCUCGGAGAUCGGGAACCUAUUGGAACUAGUUAUUUUCGAAGCCAGAGACUGUAACUUAUCCGGCGAGAUACCACCGGAGAUCGGGAACUUGGUGAGCUUGAAAUCCUUGGACUUGUCGUAUAAUGUUUUUACAGGCGAGAUUCCUGAGUCUAUUGGCGACAUGCCGGAACUGGAGGAGUUGAGGUUGUGGGAGAACAACUUUACCGGGAUCAUUCCUCAGAGGCUGGGAAAGAAUGGGAAGCUUCAGCUUCUUUAUCUUUCAUGGAAUAAACUGACUGGUACUCUGCCUCCUGAUAUGUGUUUUGGGAAUCGGCUUGAGACUCUGAAUACUGAGGAAAAUUUAUUGGUCGGUCCAAUCCCGGACUCACUCGGGAGGUGCGAGUCGCUGUCUGAGAUACGAAUGGAGCACAACUUUCUCAACGGUUCAAUGCCAAGAGACCUCUUCGGUUUGCCCAAUCUCACCCACGUGACGCUGCAGAAUAACCGUUUGACUGGGAAGUUUCCCAUUUCCUCGAGAAACAAUUCUAAAUUGUUUACACUAGAUAUUUCUGACAACAAGAUUCAUGGGGAGCUACCUAGUUGGAUCUGGAGACUUCCCAAUCUUAAAGCUUUGAAUCUUUCUCAUAAUUGUCUAGAGACUCUAGAUGUCAAUUUAAAUUCUCCCAACACUUCCCGAUCCUCGUUGAGCACCUUAGACCUUCACUCCAACCAGCUCCAAGGGCAGCUUUCAACUCUCCCACUGGAAUUUGGAGUAAGUUCAACUCUCCCACCGUCCGCUUACACUCGUCUGCCUGCCACCUCUGUUUUCUUAUCUAGGAAUAAAUUUGACGGGUCAAUUCCUACGUCACUGUGCAACAAUGCCGAUCUUCGUGCUCUAGAUUUGUCCCAUAAUCACUUGACUGGCACGAUUCCCCAAUGCUUAAUUGAAAAGAGUACAAGACUAACGGUAAUGGAUUUAGGGGGAAACAAUCUUAUUGGCGUAAUUCCUGAUUCCUUUCCAGACAAUUGUAAUUUACAAGCUUUGCUUAUGAAUGGAAAUCGACUAGAAGGAGAGCUACCAAAAUCCCUGGCCAAGUGCAAUACAACGUUGGAGGUUUUGGACGUCAGCAACAACCACAUUCAGGAUACCUUCCCAUGUUAUUUGAAGAACAUAUACACAUUGAGAGUCCUUAUUUUGCGAUCUAACCAAUUUUAUGGAUCUAUUAAUUGUCUAGGCGCUAAUUCCACGUGGUCCAACCUUCAAAUUUUAGACUUGGCCUCAAACCAUUUUGUUGGUAAGUUUCCAAUACGUUACUUUUCUAGCUGGAAGGCAAUGAUUGAAACUGAAAAUAAGACUGGAGAUCCCGAAGAUAUAGGGGCAAAUCUCUAUGACGGCUAUCAAAUGACAGUAAGAGUUACAUUAAAAGAUCAAGAAUUGGAGUUGGAGAAGGUCCUAACUAUCUACACCUCACUUGACCUGUCGUGCAACAGUUUUGAUGGACAUAUACCUGCAGAAAUAGGAGAAUUCAAAGCCCUAUAUGCCCUCAACUUAUCUCACAAUGCUUUUACAGGUAAAAUCCCACAAGCUUUAGGAAAGUUGAGUCAGCUUGAGUCACUAGACUUGUCGAGCAACAAACUCAUUGGAGAGAUUCCUCUCCAACUUGCAGACGGUCUUAUUUUCCUGUCAACCCUUAACCUUUCCUUCAAUCAAUUGGUGGGAAAGAUUCCACAGAUCAAGCAAUUUACUACAUUUACAGAAAGUUCAUUUGAAGGAAAUAUACGAUUAUGUGACUUUCCUAUGAAAGAAAAAUGCAUACAUGAAGAAUUGGGACCGUCACCUCCUCCAUCUGAAGAACCUCAUUCGUAUUCUGGGAAUUCAAUUGAUUGGGACUUCUUAAGUGCUGAAUUGGGAUUUGUUUUCGGCUUUGGGAUUUAUAUUGGACCUCUUAUAUUUUGGAAGAGGUGGAGGAAACGCUACUAUAAACAUGUCGAUGACAUUGUUUUUAAGAUGUUCCCUCGGGCAUACAUAAGAAUAGAGAAUCAUCGAAGGCGAGCACACAGGAAUCAAGGACGACAAGCACGAAGGAAUCAAGGUAGGAGGGAUUAGUGAUAGAUACAAGGAGCAAUGCUAGUCAAUGAUGUCAGGCUACACAACUUGAACUCAUGGAUAGAUCAUUGCAAAGUUGUUCUGGGAAGUCCUAAUUGAGAAGUACUACGUACUAAAAUAAGAUAUAUGAGGAAGCAAUAUGGCCUCGAUCGUCAUGGGAAUGAAGCCAUAAUUAGAUGGUUAACUUGUGGGGUAGAAAGUAAUAUGAGAAAUUACAUUUGUAUAUGUAUUUCUAAUAGUAUUGGCAUUACUUUAUGUAAGAAUUUAGUCAAAUUUAGCAAAAUAUGUGAAACCACUACUGUUUCUGGUUU